AUGUUAACGUUUUGGCUUGUUGUAGGAUGUGUAGGAGGGGUCAUCAUCAUCGUCAUCAUCAUCGUCGCCAUUGUUUUGUUGACAUGCUCCAAACCAAGGGAAAAGAGAAAACAUAGUAUUCAUAAUUCAGACGAUAUUGAAAAUGGAAAUGGAAAACGGAUAUGCAUCAGGAAUACAAUAUUGGACUUCACUGAUAAGCCAAAGGGUUUACCAAAUAUCGGAGAAACUUGUUACGUAAAUUCCAUGGUUCAGUGUUUAGCAUGGAGUCCAUGUCUCAGGUUACAAUUGGAAGAUCAGAUCAGGAAACAGAAUUUUUCGCAGCAUGGAAACAAAGUUGCAAAAUCUCUGCUCACUGUCCUUGAAUCCUACCACGAUGAAGACGAAGGUGAUGUCGUUGGAAAGAGCUUUGAUUUUUGUUACCGAAGGAGGAAUAAUUUACUCUGUGACGAGUUAUCUAAAUUCCUCAGCGCCAUUUAUCAUGCCAAUGGACGAUUCAGUGCUGGAGAACAAGAAGACACCUAUGAGUUCUUCAAUACCCUCAUCAGCACAAUUCAAGACGAGGCUUUGGAACACAUUCCGCGUACGGUUGGCGAUGAAACUUAUGACGAGCACGUAAUGAGAUAUUGCGGCACUUAUAGAUUGUUUGGAGGAAAAUUCAUAACUACCUACUGUUACGAAGAUUGUGGACAUGUAGAGCCUGUUUAUCAAGCAUUUACCAGUUUGUCUAUUCCAGUCACUGCGAAACCAGAUAUUGGAGAAAGCUCUGUGAUGAUAAUUAAUGAGGAUCAAUUGGACAGGAUGCCGCUAUAUCCAGGUCCAGAUGCUGGAAUACUGAAACAUACACAUACUAAAACAAUAGAUAUAUUGGUAAAACCGUCACUACAACUCGAAGACAAACUUCAGAGGAGAUUAUCUCUUUCUAUGAAACACGAGGACAAGAGUUUAGAAGAAACCUGUGUUGAGCUGGGUCUAGAAACGUUGACAGGAACAGAGAAGAUGAUGGCAUCAGAAAUUUAUUGUCGAAGCUGUAGAAAACAAGGGAGAAGUGGAACCGAGGGUGCAUUGUACAAAACACUACAGAUACUAUCUCUUCCUCCAGUCCUGGUUUUGCAAAUCAACAGAUUUAAGCAGAGAGGUCACGAGGUGUACAAAAUGACCGAGCCUGUAUCUUACCCAAAGGUCCUUGAUAUGGCCAGGUUCUGUUCUAUCGCAAUGGAGCAGGUUUCUGGUGCUAGUGGUAAACUGACACCCGGGGAGACAUACUCCUUGUUUGGUGUGGUGAAUCACCUCGGAUCGAUACAAGGAGGUCAUUACUUUGCCGACAUCAAAACGACCCAGCGAAAUGUAGCGAACAUACAGAGCCAGCUUCAAAACUACACCUGGCGGGAUCCUGAAAGAAUGGCCGACAGCAUUCGUAAGCACUUGGAAGAAAUUUGGCGCGAGAUCAACAGAUUCGAAGGUGACUCCAAUGAAAAAUAUUUUGAGCAACAGCAAUUAUUGGUUGGAGAUCGACAGCAGCAGUCUGCUUAUCAGAAUACCAAGGAAGGUUCGGACACAUGGUUCCGUGUCAACGACUCAUCUGUAGAGAAAGUUGAAGAAGACAUUGUGAUGCAGAGUAAAAAUGCUUAUAUCUUAAUGUAUGAAAGAAUGUGAGUUAUUUA